ACAGGUCUAGCCCAUAGCAACACCCUCGCCCCCUCCCUUCUCAGCCUCAGGCGGUCAGGCCCACUGGCCGUACCCGCGACGUCUUCCUCCUCGGCUCCGCCGCCUUCCGCCGAUCGCCUCCGCCGAAUCGAAUAGAAGAAUCGAGCGCCGCUGCUGGCGAGGGGCUCGGCGCACAGCGCGGGAUGGCGAGCGGCAGCAGCAACGGGGAGCCAAGCACGGCGCCGCAGGCGAACCGGUGGUACGACCUCCGGCUGGGCUCCUCCUGCCGUGACCCAUCCCCCACCGCCAAGUUCUGCACUCUCCGCUAUGAAUUUAAGCCAGCAUCAAUUGACAAGACUCAAGCUGGGUCUCUGCAGAGUACCAAAGAUAACCGGGUUACUGUGGAAUUCUAUAAUAAUCAGCCUGGCAAACCAAAGGUGACAUUUGAGGGAAGCCAAGAAGAGUACAAGGAUAAUGAUGGUGUCUUAUUUUUUGAUGGUGAGACCUUUCGCCUAGAGAGGUUGCAUAGGGCUGUCAAGAGGUUAAGGCAUGUCCGAGUUCCAGGAGAGUCUGCAGCAGUUAAUUUGGCAGCUACAACUACUGGAAUGGGUGCAGAAUCACAGUCUCCUCCAUUACCUAAAGUCAACAAGUCACAGAGCAUGAACAAACCUGCUGUUCACUCAGUUCCAGUUGAGGUUGAGCGUAUUGACAUUGGUGAACCAGAAAAUCCAGGCCCAAAAUACAACAACAGGAGUACAUAUCAAUCUGUUACCGUAGACCCAUUUGCCCUUUCACCUGAUCCAAAUGAGCAAGAGAACCUUGACAUACUUGGUGACGAUGAUGGCAAUGCUUCACCAAACAACUUGGCUGCAGGACAAGAGGCAUCUGUUCGUGGUUUUGACAUCAACUUACCAAAUCAGGACGAUAUGGAUGAUGAAAUUGCUGAUGUAGAUGUAAAUGAUGACACGGAUCUGUGGAUCAAUGCAGCCGAUGCGCUGCGAGCUCAAGUGAACGCAGAGGAGCAUCAGGAGCAGCAGGACAGCUCAAGCUCUAGUGGGAGCAGCAGCAGCAGCAGCGGAAGUGAGAGCGGCAGUGGAAGUGGGAGCAGCAGCAGUGGUAGCGAUGGUAGUGAUGCUGAUUCGGCAAGUUCCGGAGGUGAUGUUGAUAUAUGAGCUUGAUACGCAAGCUUUUGUUUUGACACAUGCCUUGCUUCACAAGUUUUCAUUCACAAGGUAGGUGUAGGAUAUGUAUAUGUUCAGCUAAUAUUGCUCCAGUGAGUGCAUUAAAUUUUCACUAACAAUGGUGGCCUGGGUCCGUUUUUAUGUUUGCUAGACCUGGAUUGGAAGAAUAGAAUCUGUAAACAUAUCUGUACAACUAUUUGCUUAUGGGACCAUGGAUGUUACAAUUGUUCGGUUGAAAUGACAAAAGGUAUACUGCUAUGCUUGCCUAUU